UGAAUAUACCUCGACAUCGUCAGUCAGCCAUAACAACGGGACGCGAGAACUCGUCCGCACAAAUUUAAUUUAUUUUUCCGUGUUUUCUGUUACAAAAACCCCGCGAAUCUUUAAAACAAAAUGGCCGCUGUUAACGGAAAGGAUUCAGACCCGGUUGUGCCGCCUUCCUCUUUGAUUAGACGCGUCAGUUCGCGUUCAGUUAGAAAUUCAAUUUCGGAGGAAAAAGAAAAUGGCGAUGGCCCAGUUAAGGGUUCGUUUGUCAGUAAAUAUAAGAAGGCUCCUGAGGCCCUAAAGAGCUUCCACUUAACUGAUGCUGAGAGCGAGCUGGAGGUCCCUGGAACUCCAAUGACUCCCAGAACUUCAACAACUCCUGGCCACGAGAACUGCACUUUCCACCAUGACCUCGAGCUGGACCACAGACCACCCACCAGGGAGGCACUUCUCCCCGACAUGGCCAACUCUUACAGACUUUUGCUCACAGGUCUUGGUGAGGACCCUGAGAGAGAGGGUCUGCUGAAGACACCUGAGCGUGCUGCUAAAGCUAUGCUCUUCUUCACCAAGGGAUACGACCAGAGCCUUGAAGAGGUCCUAAACAACGCCAUAUUUGACGAGGAUACUGAUGAGAUGGUGGUUGUAAAGGACAUCGAGAUGUUCUCCAUGUGUGAGCAUCACUUGGUGCCGUUCUACGGAAAGGUGUCCAUUGGUUACCUGCCUCAGGGCAAGAUCCUCGGUUUGAGCAAGCUGGCUAGGAUCGUGGAGAUCUUCUCCCGUCGUCUCCAAGUCCAGGAGCGCCUGACCAAGCAGAUCGCUGUAGCUGUGACCCAAGCUGUCCGCCCGGCUGGUGUAGCCGUUGUUAUCGAAGGAGUGCACAUGUGCAUGGUGAUGCGAGGUGUGCAGAAGAUCAACAGUAAGACUGUGACGUCCACGAUGCUGGGAGUGUUCCGCGAUGAUCCGAAGACCAGGGAGGAGUUCCUUAACCUCGUGCACUCCAAGUGAGAAAGCGAGUCCAUACUUCUCAAGUUGCCACGUCCAUAAUAUUCUUAACCUCUUCAUUUUUUUGUUAAACAUCCUUUUUUUAAGACACUUCUAUGACCUUCCUAUAUGACAUUUUUAAUUUUACUUUCUCAUUUUUUAAUUUUAAAGUUUUGUAAAAUAAAAAAAUUGUUGCCAAAAAAUAUUACGGACGUUCAACUCAACGCGUGGUUAUUUAAUAAGUUGUUAGUUAAGUUAUUAUCGCUUCUUAUUUCACUAUUUUAGUAAUUUAUAAUUACGAAAAAACAAUUUUGUUUUGUUAAAACAACAAAUGUUGCAGCUUA